AGUCACUUGCUGCCUGACUGCCCUGGGGGAGUCCAGAUCCAGACAGGACCAUGGCCUCCAUGCAGACUCAGAAGGGCCUCAGCUCCCAGGAGAACUUCAGGACAAUGGUGAUCUGCACAGUGUUCCUGCAGGUGCUCCUGCAGUCUGUCUCCAUGGCGGUGACUUACGUGUAUUUCACCAAUGAGAUGAAGCAGUUGCAGGACAAAUACUCCAAAAGCGGCCUUGCUUGUUUCUUAAAGGAAGAUGAGGAUUCUUGGGAUGCCACUGAUGGAGAGGUCUUGAACAGUCCCUGCUGGCAGGCCAAGAGGCAGCUACGUCAGCUUGUGAGAGAGGCAACUUUGAAAACCUUUGAGGAAAUGAUCCCUACAGUUCAAGAGAAGCAUCGAAGUAUUCCUUCCCUAGAUGGAGGUGGAAGACAUCAGAGAGUGGCAGCUCACAUAACUGGAAUCAGCCGGAGAAGCAGCGCAGCCAUAACGCCAAUUUCCAGUGACGGAAAAGCCUUGGGCCAGAAGAUACAAUCCUGGGAGUCUUCAAGGAAGGGACAUUCAUUCCUCAACCGUCUGCACUUGAGAAAUGGAGAGCUGGUUAUCCAGGAAAGAGGCCUUUAUUACAUCUAUUCCCAAACAUACUUCCGAUUUGAGGAAGCUGAGGAAGCGUCCAAGACAGCCUCAAAGGAGAGCAGGAGAAACAAACAAAUGGUGCAGUACAUCUACAAAUUCACCAGCUACCCAGAGCCCAUCAUGCUGAUGAAGAGUGCCAGAAACAGUUGCUGGUCUAAAGAGGCAGAAUAUGGACUGUAUUCCAUCUAUCAAGGGGGAGUGUUUGAGCUUAAAGAAAAUGACAGGAUUUUUGUUGCAGUGACUAAUCAGCAAUUGAUCGAUCUGGACCAAGAAGCCAGUUUUUUCGGGGCCUUUUUAAUUUCUUAAGUGAUCUGCAAAGGACUUCCUACAGCCAUUCAACUCAGCAUCCACCACCUUGAUUAGUCAGCAAGCCUGAACAUUAAAGCAAGGUUGUCCACCACCACCAAUUAUGAUUCUCUGAAGACAAACACUGAAGACAAAAUUUUUUUAAGCAAUGAAGCAUGUUUUAAAGAAAAUUCUCAGGCCUGGAGAAAUGGCUCAGUGGAAAAGAGCACUGGCUGCUCUUACACAGGACCCAGGUUUGGUUUCCAGCAUCCACAUAGCAGCUGACAACCAGUUGUCUUCAAUCGUCCUAUCCUCAUUCAGCCCCUGGUAACCACCUUCCACUUAAUUUCUCUAUGCAUUUAACUAUCUCAGGUGCCUCAUUUAAGUGGAAUUAUGUGGUAUUUAUCACCUUUUUGUGUUUUGUUCAUCCUACUUAACAUGAUAUCUUCAAGUUCCACACAUGUAGUAUGUAUCAGAAUUUCCUUUCUCUUUAAGGCUAAGAAAAAUUCUACUUAGUGUAAUCGAGAGUUUUAAAAUCUCAGAGUAAGGACUGAUCAGCCCCCAAAUCCUUCUGAUGGGUAUACAAUAUCCACUUGAAGUUAUUGGUGAAAUCCACAAGAGCAGUCAACCAAACUACUAGAUGCUGCUAAUGUAAAAGGAUUGAUAACAGUGUCAACACAAAGAUGGUAUCUUUGUACUGUUUUGACAGUAUGAUAAAAAUAUUUCUUUUGCCAGGUGUGGUGGCACAUGCCUCUAAUCCCAGCAUUCAGGAGGCAGAGGCAGG